UAAUCAGGCAAUGACAGUGGCGCGCUCGUUUGGAACUUUAAAAUGCUUCAUUCAAAUGUAUACUGUUACAUCUUCCUAACCAAAGUAGAUAUACAGCUUUAAAGUGGUUUAAAAUUCUUUUUUUUUGCCAUUUGUACCAUCUUAAUUAUCAUUAUGUGAUCGUGCCCGUGUCAGCAUAUUGAAAUACUACACUUUAGCUAACAUUUACUUGAAUCGUUCGAAUUGUGUUGAAUUAUUUUUUUUCUCCGAUGUUUCUCUCCUUCUUUGACUGCUCUUUGCUGUUCAGUAUGGAUGAACUCAGGAUACCGUACAAAGAUGUUCACAUGGCUGUGGAACAUUUAGAAGGCUCAGAAUUGUGUGUUGAUGAGUGUAACGCCAGCAUGCCUUGCAACGAACUGACGGUGCAACAAUGGCAGUAUGACAAUGGAGUAGCCGAGUUGGUACCUUGUGGAGUGGGGUCGGUCUGCUCUGUCCUUCCAAUAUCCCAAGACGGAUGCAGGAAGAGAAAUCAGGCACAACUAGGUUCUGUAUCGGAAUCCUGGGAGUGUCACAACCAUCAAGACGACUGUGGCACAACCUCACUCCCCUUCCUAGCUGCUCCUUCCUCAGCAUCAGCUAUUACUUUGACUGUGAGCUCCAUACUGAAUCCAAGUGUGCCCAAACCCAUGACUGACACCGCUGGUCUCGCUGGUUCUACAUGCGGGCCUGUUGGCACAGCUUGGGACACGCUCGGAUCUACGAGGCCUGCCUGCUCUGAUCCUGUCUGUGCCGCUGCUCACCUACAUCUGCUUGGAGAAGCCCUGUCCCUGAUUGGACACCUUCUUAAGGGGACAAAUAAAUCAGUGUGUGUCUCCAGUAGCUUGUUUCUUCUGUUGGACUCUCUACUGUGUGCCCUUCCUCCACUGAUGUCCCUCACCUCACAGAUACCAGAGCUGCAUAGCUGUACAGAUGUCCCACUGAUAGGAGUCCACACAUACUGAGCCUAUUUGGAUGAGAGACACAUUUCGGUAGCAGCGGGUCCAAGCAAGCACCCAGAGAAGAUCGAAGCUUCCAAGAUCUGGCAAUAAAUUAUGAGUAACCACAUGGAGCACUACGGCUUCAACCCCCCAGAGCUGAGGCUGGUUCUACUGGGGAACAUUGGAUGUGGCAAGACGUCGUCGGCCGACACCAUCCUGGGCCAGCUGUCGGACAUGUCCUCAGCGACCCCCAGAAAAAGCCAAUUGCGCCAGGAUUUCACAGAGGACAGGAAGGUGACCCUGGUGGAGGCGCCAAGGUGGUACUGGAAUGGUUUGGAGAUGGAGGAAAGCGUCAAGAAGGAGACGGAGCGAGCCAUGACCUUACUGGCACCCGGUCCUCAUGCUUUUCUGCUGCUGGUGCCUGUCAGUCAGUUCACAGAGAUGGAUGGCCGAGUACCUGCACAGCUGCAGCAGGUGUUUGGACAAGACGUGUUGGAGCACACGAUGGUGCUACUGACGUGUGGGGAUUAUCUCAUGGGAAGAACUGCAGAGGAGUAUAUUCAGAAGGAGCACCCAGGCCUGAGACGAGUAAUUGAGCUCUGCGGGGGGCGCUACCAUGUCAUCAAUAACCGUCACCGGCGGGACCGGGAACAGGUGCAGCAACUUCUGGAUAAGGUGGACGAUAUGGUGAGGAAAAACGACGUGCACUCCAUCAAAACAAGGCAAGAAAGGGAGUUGGAGGAACGAGUGCUGCAACGAAAGAGAGAGCUAAUGGAAAGUUUCCGAAUGCAGCAAGAAGCGAAAAGAGAAUCUCUGGCAUCCACUUAUACACGAAAUACAAGCAUGUCGGAAAGGAGUGUCGACAGAGCGGAGUCUUACAGAGAUGUCUGGGAGAGGAGCAGGCAAGAUGAGAUUGAGGGCAUCAAUGGCGGAGCUUCUGAUGUGCUCCAGUCCAGUCCGACCGUUUCAGCACCAAAUCGAUGGCAGCCCGGCCUAAAUGAUGAUGGCGCAUAUGAAAGGCGCUCGUUUAGAUUGAAUGCAGAUGGAGCCAAACUCUCACAAAUGUUGGAGGAGAGCCCGACUACUAAAGUUGUUUCCACUUUUCACCACAGAAUCAACAGCUUUGAGGAGAGAUCCCCUGGGCACUCCCCCACCUCCUCCUCUCACUCUCCUGUCUUCCCCCCCGACCCAUCCACACUGACCUUCACUGCAUCCCCCGCCACAUUAUCCUCGCCGUCCUCACCAGAGCUGCGUCUGGUGAUGCUGGGACGAUCUGGCUCGGGGAAAAGCGCAGCUGGCAAUGCCAUCUUGGGCCGUGCUGAGUUUGAGUCCCACCCGGACAGCCUGGUCGCCAUCACGCAGGAGUGUGCCAAGAAGAAAGCAGUGGUGGCAGGGAGACGGGUGGCAGUAGUGGACACCCCAGACUGGUUCCACUCUGAGAGUACCCCAAAUGAGGUGCGAGCGCAGAUCUCCUCCUGCGUCGCCCUGUCCAGCCCGGGGCCCCACGCCUUCAUUCUUUGUGUCCCAACAGACCAGCCAACCAAGGUGGAGCUGCAGGCCCUCAGCGCCCUUGAGACUGUCUUUGGCCAAGAUGCUGUGGAAAAACACACACUGGUCCUCUUUACAUAUGCAGAUCGCUUGAAAGAGAGUGGCAAGGCGGGGACCGACAGUGUAGAGGCGUACAUCGCCAGCCAGCGUGGAGAUUUGUUAAAGCUGGUGGAGAAAUGUGGGGACCGCUACCAUGUAAUGGAGCGAGGCGGCGGGAAUGUGGAGGAGCUGCUGGAGAAGGUGGAGCAGAUAGCAGCAGAGGCCGGUGGGCAGUGUUAUUCCUGCCCCGCUUUCCAGGAGGCUGAGAAUAGAGUGAGGGAGAGACAGGCUGAGAUCACGAGGGAGAGGAGGAGGAAGAAGAUGGAGGAGGACAACUUUCGGGCCGAACGGCGUUCUCUCUACCCGUACAUGCAGACUGUGGCCGAGGCCGAAGAGGAAGUGAGAGAGGAAGAGAUUGAGAAAACACGAACCGAGGCGGAGCUCAGCGUCAGCGCCAUGAAUAUUGAAAGCCUCCCAUCUAUCACGAUGGCCAAUAUGUCCCCUUCAAUGUUCCAGUCUGUGAUGGAGAAGGUGCAAUCCAAUGUCAAGAUGCUUCCCCAGCUGUUGUCAGACAGCUCUGUGUGGGUCAGCGACGGAGCAAAGAAGGUGAUGAGCAGUCCAGUCUGGGGCUCAGUGGGGAGCGGAGCAAAGAACGUCCAGAAGGUGGUGGCGGACAGUCCAGUGUGGGGGAAGGUGGGAGCUCAAGCCGGACACGUCUCCAAGCUAGUGGGAGAUAGACUUCCCAAGGUGGUGGUGGACAGCUCGGCAUGGGUCGGGUCUGGAGCAAAGGCUGCAGCGUCGAGCCCCGUGUGGGGGGAAAUGGGUUCCAGAGCCAAAAUAGUUGCAGACAACUCCAUACGUGUCGGAUCUGGCAUUGGAAGCAGCGCUAAGAGUGUAGCGCAGAGUCCCGUGUGGAGAAAGGUUGGAUCCGGGGCCAAGUCUGGUGCUAAACUGGUGGCUGAUGGCUCCGUUAGACUUGGAGCCGGACUUGGUGCCGGUGCAAAGAAGGUGGCACAGAGCCCAAUGUGGGGGAAGGUGGGCUCGGGGGCUAAAACGGGCGCCAAAAUGAUCACAGAGAGCUCAGUGUGGGAGAAAAUGACAACAAACGCCAAAAAGGUUCCAAAAGUUGUCAUUGGCGGCGCCUUGUUAGGUUUAGUCCUGGGUUUGUUUUUAGGGGGAGCCAUCGGCGGGGCUGCAGGGGCUGUUGUCGGUUCUGCUGCAACUGAAGUAGGAAGACGAAAGUUUGCCAAGAAAAGCACACUAGAAAAUGUUGAGACGCAGCUAAACGACGCCAUGGAUUCUCUGGUGAAACAAGGAGACAAAGUGAUGAAAACACAAUGAUUAUGUACACAACAGGAAACGCUAGAAGGAGCAAACACACUCAUUCACUCACAUGAUGUCAAAUUACAUCAACUACCCUAUAACCAUUUUUCCUAAUCUAAUAUAAGCAUCUUAUACAAUCUGGAAUUUACAUAUUUAAGUUUGACCAUUCUUGUCUAGCUGCAUACUUCAGUAAGCGAAUGUGCUUGGAUACAUUUGAAAUAAAAGAACAUUGAAUAUAA